AUGGCCCAACAACAGAACCAGAAUGUUAUGCGGAGGAAGCUGGUCAUCAUUGGUGACGGUGCGUGUGGGAAGACCUCACUGCUCAGUGUCUUCACUCUUGGGUACUUCCCAACAGUCCCUACAGUUUUCGAGAAUUACGUGACGGAUUGCAGGGUGGACGGAAAGAGCGUUCAACUGGCGCUGUGGGAUACGGCAGGACAAGAGGACUAUGAGCGAUUACGACCUCUGGCAUACUCGAAAGCCCACGUAAUCCUCGUUGGGUUCUCGAUCGACACCCCCGACUCUCUGGAUAACGUCAAGCACAAGUGGGUUGAGGAGGCCAAUGAGAGAUGUCCUGGUGUACCGAUCAUCCUGGUCGGCCUGAAGAAGGAUCUCAGAGAAGAUCCGGUCGCUAUGGAGGAGAUGAGAAAGAAGUCACAGCAGUUCGUCUCGAGUCGAGUAGCCACAGAUAUCGCACACGACAUUGGCGCCCGGAAGUACCUGGAAUGUUCGUCGCUGACAGGAGAGGGAGUUGACGACGUAUUCGAAGCUGCGACACGAGCAGCCUUGCUCUCAUUUGAGAAGGGCGAGAGUGGAGGAUGCUGUGUCAUACUCUGA